GAUCAUACUUGGUUGAAUGGCAAUACAAAGGCAAUGAGCAGCACUAAAAGCAAUGAUAACGUUUGAUCAGUUGAAUCCGCAGGGAAAAGACGCUCGGUUCGUCCGGUGGCACAGUCGAUAAGCGACGCGAGGUGGAUUCGACGCUUUCGCGGCGUGACGAUUCAUCCUUAUCGAGCAGCCAGCGCCGAUGAUGCUGCUGCUGCUGCAUCAGGCGGCAUUGGAGAUACCUAUCUGCAAAACACGAAAGAACACUGUCCACCAAAGGACACUUAUGAGGUCAUGACUGUGUAAGUGUACGGAUCUUGACGCAAACGGCCAUGAAAGGAGCAUGGAAUUUACACCAAUCGUGAGAUCUAACAGUGUGAGCCCACCCGGCGCUGGCGCUCCUGGACUUAGGGGAGGGACGGAGCACAGAUCUGCUUGGGGCGAGUCCGAGUCCGUGGCGAACGGAUGUCCAUACUCGUCUGCCAGAUCCUCCAGCAGCAAGAAACUCAUACGGUCCAACAGUCGGUGGAGAGAAGAGGAUGACCUCGAGCGACAGCCGGGCCGAGCCACGACCACCGUCAGCCGUGUUAGCUUCAGAUCCAAGUCCGCGUGGCAAGAACAUGGAGAGGAAAGUCGCAAUAAUAACCGAUCGUCCCCGAGGUACCGAGAUGGAGAAGUGAGACCCAAAUCGGUGGAGCUGGGCUUGGAUGACCGGAGAACCAAGCCGGACGAGGAGGAGCUCGUGGCCGAAGUGAACUUUUCAAUGAUCGAGUGCUGCAACGGCGUGAUGCAGAUCUUCAAGUCCAAGAAAUUCCAGUCGGAGAAGUUGGAGAGGCUUUACCAGCGAUACUUCUUCCGACUUAACCAGAGCAGUUUGACGAUGCUGAUGGCCGUCCUGGUGCUGGUGUGCGCGGUGAUGCUGGGCUUUCACUGCGCCGGAGGAGUGUGUCGGCUUACCUAUGUGGUGGUUUUCUCCGUGGCGAUCUUGCUCAUCCUCACGUUGAUUGUGGUGUGCAACAGGAACGACUUCCACCAGGAUCACAUGUGGAUAGUUUGCUAUGUGGUCAUUCUGAUGGUGCUGGUCUUACAUGUGAUCGGCGUGCUAUUCGUGGAGCCCCGGAGCGCGUCUGAGGGCAUAUGGUGGACCGUAUUUUUCAUCCAUAUUAUAUACACUCUUCUGCCGGUCCGGAUGAGAGCUGCAGUUAUCAAUGGGAUUAUACUGUCAGCCGUACACGUGCUCGUCUCAUGGAAGUUAAACGAAAAGGACGUCUAUUUGUGGAAACAGCUUGUGUCCAAUGUCCUGAUCUUCUCCUGCACUAAUAUAGUCGGAGUGUGCACGCAUUACCCAGCGGAGGGCUCGCAGCGACAGGCUUUCCAGGAGACCAGAGAAUGUAUUCAAGCCCGACUGCACUCACAAAGAGAAAACCAGCAACAGGAACGCCUCCUUCUCUCUGUGCUUCCUCGACACGUCGCCAUGGAGAUGAAAGCCGACAUAAAUGCCAAACAGGAGGAUAUGAUGUUUCACAAGAUCUACAUUCAGAAGCAUGACAAUGUGAGUAUUCUCUUUGCUGACAUUGAGGGCUUCACCAGUCUGGCUUCCCAGUGUACUGCCCAGGAGUUAGUGAUGACCCUCAACGAGCUCUUUGCACGAUUUGACAAACUUGCUGCCGAGAAUCACUGUCUACGCAUUAAGAUCUUGGGUGACUGCUACUACUGCGUAUCUGGGUUGCCCGAGGCUCGUGCCGACCAUGCCCACUGCUGCGUAGAGAUGGGUGUUGACAUGAUCGAAGCCAUCUCGUUGGUGAGGGAAGUCACUGGUGUUAACGUCAACAUGCGCGUUGGUAUCCACAGCGGGCGAGUCCACUGUGGGGUGCUGGGAUUAAGGAAGUGGCAGUUUGAUGUCUGGUCCAACGAUGUAACCUUGGCUAAUCACAUGGAAGCCGGGGGCAAAGCAGGGCGUAUUCAUAUAACUAAGGCCACUCUCAACUACCUGAAUGGAGAUUAUGAUGUUGAACCAGGACUUGGUGGAGAGAGAAAUGUCUAUCUCAAGAAGCACAACAUUGAAACCUACCUCAUUGUGGGCUGCAGUCAGAAACGGAAAGAAGAAAAGGCCAUGAUUGCUAAAAUGAAUCGGCAACGCACCAACUCGGUUACCCACAAUAGCACUCACUGGACGGACCGACCCUUCUACAAUCACCUGGGAGGCAAUCAGGUUUCCAAGGAGAUGAAGAGGAUGGGAUUUGAAGAUCCCAAAGACAAACAUUUUAUUUACAGAAACACGCAGGAAAACCUGAACCCCGAAGAUGAGGUGGACGAGUUUCUGGGCCGUGCCAUUGACGCUCGGAGCAUCGACCGGUUGCGGUCCGAACACGUGAAGAAAUUUCUGCUGACGUUUCGUGAACCUGACCUGGAGAAAAAGUACUCUAAACAGGUGGAUACCAGAUUUGGUGCAUACGUAGCCUGUGCCUCCCUUGUCUUUUUAUUCAUCUGCUUCAUUCAGAUCGUCAUUGUACCGCAUUCUGGGCUGAUGGUUGGCUUCUAUGUGCUGUGUCUGGUCCUCCUGAUGGCUGUCAUGUUCAUCACAGCUAUUUACUCUUGUUUUGGAUUUUUCUCUAAGCCCUUGCAAACUCUGUCCAAAAGGAUUGUUCAGUCCAGACUCAACAGCACCCUGGUGGGAGUUUUUACAAUCGUCCUGGUCUUUCUCUCCGCUUUCAUUAACAUCUUUACCUGCAGUACAGAUGACCUGAAAACGUGUUUAAGUCAGGAGUUUAAUAUCAGCCCCAGUGAUGUGAACGCUUGCCAUGUCCGCAGCUCUUUCUUUAACUACACGCUCUGGUCUCAGGAAAGCCUGUGUAACAGUUCAUCACCCGCCUGCAAUUUUCCAGAGUACUUCUCAUCAUGUGUACUGCUGAGUUUACUGGCCUGCUCAGUGUUUCUGCAGGUCAGCAGUAUUGGUAAACUCAUCCUAAUGCUCUUCAUUGAACUUUUGUACGUCAUCAUCAUGGAGGUGCCAGAGGUCAGCCUGUUUGACAACGUUGACCUGCUUGUCAUGGCCAAUGCUUUUGAGUACAUCAAUGGAACAAGCUGUAUGACCGACACACGAGUUCCUCUAAAGAUUGUGACACCAGUGGUCAUCACAGUCUUUGUGUUGGCACUUUACCUUCAUGCCCAGCAGGUGGAGUCCACCGCCAGAUUGGACUUUCUGUGGAAGUUACAGGCCACAGAGGAGAAAGAGGAGAUGGAGGAACUUCAGGCCUACAACCGUCGGCUCCUUCACAACAUCCUACCCAAAGAUGUGGCCGCACACUUCCUGGCACGCGAGCGGAGAAACGACGAGCUGUACUAUCAGUCGUGUGAAUGUGUGGCUGUCAUGUUUGCUUCCAUCAGCAACUUCUCAGAAUUUUACGUGGAACUUGAGGCUAACAAUGAAGGCGUGGAGUGCUUGAGGCUACUCAACGAGAUCAUCGCCGACUUCGAUGAGAUCAUAAGUGAGGAGCAGUUUCGUCAACUAGAAAAGAUUAAGACAAUCGGUAGCACGUACAUGGCCGCAUCUGGGCUUAAUGACUCCACCUAUGAUAAGGCUGGAAGGUCGCACAUUCGAGCUCUGGCCGACUACGCCAUGCGCCUCAUGGACCAGAUGAAGUACAUCAAUGAGCACUCUUUCAAUAACUUCAAAAUGAAGAUAGGUCUCAACAUUGGUCCUGUAGUGGCUGGUGUCAUAGGCGCUCGUAAACCGCAAUAUGACAUAUGGGGGAAUACUGUUAAUGUAGCCAGCAGGAUGGACAGCACUGGGGUACCUGAGAGGAUACAGGUCACAACUGACCUCUAUCAAGUUCUCAGUUCGUACAACUACACACUGGAGUGCAGAGGGUUAGUUAAAGUGAAGGGCAAAGGCGAAAUGACGACCUACUUCCUGAACGGAGGACCCAACAGCAGCUAACACUCAGCCGCUUAAAUUCAGAAUACGGUUGAGAUGAUACAAGGAGGAGACUCCAGGGGCUGGCCAGGUUGUUGAUGGGCAUCUUCCUGGACCAAUCCGAAUAGGAUUAGUUCUGAAACAGCCCACAUCCGACCGGGAGCAUACUGCCCCAUUGCACAUUGAGACUUCCCGACAGAUUAACGGGGGUAUUUAUGAUAUGGAACAGCUCGGAUUGAUCAUCUUCAGAGACCAAAGAAAAAUAGGAAUCUCAAAGAAUACAAAGUAGAGAAUGGAGGCAGACGCACUCUCAGGUGGGGAGCAUGACGAGAUGCUUCUGAGCGUUCCUGUCCGAUUUUGGUGGAUCCAAAACUGCAUGACUACACUGAAGCCUAUAUACCUGUAAAACACAGCUGUUUUAUGUGUAUAUAGUUCGUCGGUGUACGUAAAGAGUCCUGGUCGUAAAAUCCUGUUGUGUUCAACACUAUCUAGGUGAUAUCGCAAUGAGCUAACGCUGUAGUUGGCACAAGAGCGCUACAAACCCUUUAUGGUUAUCCAAACUUUUUUGCAGCGACUGUGGUUGUUACUGGUAGGGGAGUUAAAGGUGACAGUAUUACGGUACAGUACAUUGUGUGUAGAUCACACUCCUCUAGACUGACAUAGGACACUUUUAACAGAGCAAAAUGCCCAAAUGUGGCGUUUUUUGUAUUUUUAACUAUUCAUAUUUUGAUUCUAAAAGCCAAACUGUUAAAGCUAUUUUAGAGUAUAUAUAUAUUUUGUACAUUAAUAUAUCAGAAUGAUGUCUAUUAUCACCUAUGUGUAUGUAUGUGUGCGCACACUCCUAAUGGAACGCUUCAUAGUUUUAACACUGGGAAAGGUUUUAAAAAGAUUUUUCACCCUUUCUGUCUCUGCAUCUUGAAAAAGGUUCUGUAUUUUGUAAAGUGCACAACAAUGUAAUUUAGAGUAGAAAAGGUGAAACGGCAAGUAAGUGUUUUAGAACAGCCACAGUCGUUUAAAGCUUUGCAAACACACCUGCAAAUAUUGAUUUUUGUCUUGCAUAAUGCAUUAGACAAUUUAAAAAUAUCUAGGGAAAUGGCAUUUUUGCACUGAAGUUUGACCAGCUUUUCCUUUCCGAUCACUCUUGUGGUACGACCCAAUGAAUGUCCAUUUUUUCCAGUGAGGCCUUUGUAUAUAAAGAAGCAGAGCUUUUACAGAAAUGUACACUUACAAAACAAAUGCUGGGUUAUUUUCAAACCAGCAUUGGGUUAAAUCGAGACAAAACUAGCAGUUGGGUUGUAAUUUAACCUUUGCUGGGUUGUUGGUAAACAUUUUCUGGGUUCAUUUAACCCAAUGGCUGGUUUUGUCCCUUUUUUUACUCAAUGCUGGGUUGAAAAUAACCCAGCAUUUUUUUAGAGUGUAUACUUCAUUAAGUGACAUGUUUGUUUUUACAUGUUUUAAAGCAUCAGUGUAGAAAUUGCAAAGUAAAUUUGGAUAGGAUUACAGUGUAAUGUGUUGGAUCUGUAAUAAUCUGCACUCUCAGAAAUAACGGUACAAAAGCCGUCACAGGACCGUUACCCUUUAAAAAAAGUACACUUAUGGAUGCAUAUAUUAGUACCUCAAAGGUACAUAUCUGUACCUAAAUGGUACAUAAUGGUACCUUCCAAGUGACAACUUCUGUACGUUUAUUUCUGACAGUGACACCUGUCUCAAACUACUAUCAAACACUAUGCUAUGUUUUGUUCUGUUCACACUUUUCAAAACUUGGACCCGGCUGGGCUUCCAGAAUCACCUCAGUCUAUAUUUUUUGUCAGAUCAGUGCCAUUUUCUUGCCAGCAAUUUUACAAUAAAAUCUGGUUGAAUGUUUUUGUAUGUCAUCAUGAUACACGUGUAUUAAAGCCUUCUGUACUAGGGGCUACCAUAUGAACUACUAAGUUAAAGGUGAAGUGUGAAUUUUCGGUGCCAAUACCAGCAAAUGGAACUGAAAAGGACAUCCCAAAUUCACGUCAUUUCAGUCAUGUAUGCUACAAAAAAACACUUUUUACACUUUUCAGGAUGAAUCAACCUACAAAUGGUGAAAAACACUGAAAAAGGUGAAAUGAAAAACACUUUAAAUUGAUUUUCUGUGUCAUCCAAACUACAAAAAGACACAGAGGUUUGAGAUUCAAAUAAUUAUGUAUUUUCUUUUCCAGCAGUAAAAUUGUCAGAUUCUCUA